CAGCGCAGCCGCGGCGGGGAGCAGAGCCGUCAGAGCGGGAAACCGAGCCGGGAGGAAUGGAGCGACGCUGCUGAGAGUUUGAAGACUCAUCGAGACGCGUACAACGCACUACUGUCACAUCAGAGCACCUCAUUCACUCCGAGAGGCUCAUUUUGCUUACCAAGAGACUCCAGUCGUGGACUUAAAGAGAGAAACACUUUCUGGCGCCGAGGGCGAAUCGUUCGGUGGCAUAGUCGCACACAUUUUUUCCUUUUUUCUUCUUCUUCUCUUUCCUCUGGAUACCUCAGGUGGAAGCUGAUGGGCAGCCUCGGCGUGUGGGCUGUGGCCGCUCUUCUCCUAGGGACCUCCGUGUGGACUCUGUCGGAAGCCCACAGAACCGGCAAAGACAGGCACAGGAUGGAGACGGCCAGCGCCUCGCCGGUCGGCACCCCCAACGAGCCGCACGCAACGGACAGGGGAACAUCGGAUGGCACCAUCGACCGAUCUCUCUCGGACCCGGACGGGGGUCUCUGCCGGAGGACCUACUGCGGCCGCGGCCGGCAGUGCCUGGUGCUGGCAGAGACAGGCCGCGCCGAGUGUGUGUGCCAGGAGAAGUGCCGGCCCUCCUUCGUGCCGGUGUGCGGCUCCGACGGCCGCUUCUACGAGAACCACUGCGAGGUGUACCGCACCGCCUGUCUGGAGAAGAGACGCAUCUACGUGGUUCACAGCAAGGACUGCUUCUUCAAAGGAGACGUGUGCACCAUGUCCGAGUACAACCGGCUGAAGAGCAUGCUGCUUAACAUACAGCCCCAGGGGCUGGGCGGGGACGGGCAGCAGAGCCAGCAGAGGGACAUGGAGCACAAGAGAGCCCUGGUGGACAACAUGUUCAAGUACCUGGACGUGGACCAGGACGGGCGGCUGAGCAGCGACGAGCUCGAAAAGAUCUCCAUGAAGGAGCACCUGGAGGACAGCCUUCUGGAGUGCAGCAUGCAGGACCUGCUCCGCUAUGACGACUACAACAACGACGGACACCUGACGCUCCACGAGUUCUACACCGCUUUCCAGGUGGUCCAGCUCAGCCUGCCUGAGGAGCAGCGGAUCAGCGUCUCCACGGUAACAGUCGGCCUCAGCAUGGUCCUGUCCUGUGCCAUCCAGGGGACACUGCGCCCACCCAUCAUCUGGAAAAGGAACGGCAUAAUUCUCAACUUCUUGGACCUUGAGGACAUCAACGACUUUGGGGAUGACGGCUCCCUGUACAUCACCAAGGUGACCACCAUCCACAUGGGGAAGUACAGUUGCCAUGCAUACGGCUACGAGGACCUUCACCAAACGCAUGUUCUGCAGGUGAAUGUCCCACCAGUCAUCCUGGUCUACCCGGAGACCCAGGCCCAGGAACCUGGAGUGUCUGCCAGCCUCCGUUGCCAUGCCGACGGCAUCCCAAACCCAAAACUCAUUUGGCUGAAGAAUGGCUUGGAUCUUCAGCUGCAAUCCUCCAAACAGAUCUCUCUCAUAGCCAAUGGCAGUGAGCUGUACAUCGGCAGCGUGCGCUACGAAGACACUGGCGCCUACACCUGCAUCGCCAAGAACGAGGUGGGGGUGGACGAGGACAUCUCCUCCCUGUUCGUGGAAGACUCGGCCAGGAAGACCUUGGCCAACAUCCUCUGGAGAGAAGAAGGGCUGAGUGUGGGGAACAUGUUCUACGUGUUCUCUGACGAGGGAGUCACCGUUCUUCAGCCUGGCGAGUGUGAGAUCCGCAGGCACAUGAAAUGCACAGAGAGGAUCGUGGCUACCUAUGAGGAGAUGUGCCCUAAAGGGGAGGGGGUUGCGCCCCAGCGCUGUGCCUGGUCGUCAGCAGUCAACGUGAGGGAGAAGUACAUCUACGUCAGCCAGCCCCUGCAGAGCCGCCUGCUGGUGGUGGACACCCAGGCUCAGAAGGUGGUGCAGGCGGUUGCAACGGACCCAUAUCCUGUGAAGUUGCUGUAUGACAAGUCACAUGAUCAGAUCUGGGUGCUCACAUGGGGGGACAUGCAGAAGACCUAUCCUACUUUACAGGUAAUCCCCCAGGCCAGUGUUGGAGAAGUUCACAAGGCCAUCCGCACAACUUUCCAGCGAGUCAGCGACUUCUUCAUCCCCCCCACCAACCUCAUCAUCACACACGUCAGGUUCGCCUUCCUCUUCCUCAAAAACGAACCUGCGGUGCAUAAGAUUGACCUGGAGACCCUGCACCGAGUCAAGACCAUCAGCCUGAAGAACUACAGCUGCAUGCCGGUGAGCAUGGCCUACACCCAUCUGAGUGGCUUCUACUUCGUCCAAUGCCAGAGCAGGAGUCACCUCCAAGCCCCGCCCCAGCUCCUCCUGGACAGCGUAACGGACACUGUGAUAGGUCCGAACAGGAACAUCACGGGCCGGCCCUACGUCUCCCCGGACGGCCGCUACAUCGUGACCCCCGACCCCCGGAGCUCCAGGCUGGUGGUCCAGACUGUGUCCUUCACGGGGGAGCUGGCCGUGAGCCAGGAGCUGGACAGCCCCGCCGGCGUCUCGGAUGUCGUCUUCCAGCCCUCCUUCACGGAGUCCAACCAGUACUCGCUGGCGGCCGCCUCGGGCUCCGGCACGGAUCUGCUCUUCUCCCAUCUGUGGUCGGAGGGCCACAGCAAGGUCCUCAGGGGCCUGAAGGAGCCCGUGCGCCCCCAGGCCUGGCCCUGGGGAGGUCCCAACAGGCCGCUGGUCGCCAGUGGAUUGUUCGGACAGUACCUGCUGACGCCGUCCACCGAGUCCCUCUUUGUCCUGGACGGGAAACAGAGCUCGCCGCACUGCGAGGUGUCAGACAUCAAGCGGGGGAACACAAUCGUCUGGGUCGGGGAGGUAUGAGGAGGAAGGAGGAAGGAGUCGGAAGGAGUUAACGGACGGUGGGGAGGAGGGCACAGAGGCUGAAACGAGUGACGAGAGAGAAUUAUAUCAGGCCCAAAUUCUAAUUGAUUUGAUUUAUGUGGACUCAAACCUGGAACUGAGCGACAGGGGGGAAUGUUUGGGUCCAUUGUAACAAAAGGUACACUUAAAGAAAAUAGAAAUGAAUAUAUAAAUAUAAAAAUACCUGUUGUGCUAUUUUUAUUGGGAGAGUGUCAAUGCCGUCAGUGCAAGAGUGAUCUAUGUGCACUUAACUAUAACAGAGUUGUACAUUAAUUGCACUUCCUUCCGUGUUAUCACAGCAAAUAGGUACCCGACGAAGGUUUAUCAAUGAACUAUGCACAAUGCUCACUUUUUUUAGAGUACAGCGUUUGUUUGUUCGUUUGUUUGUUUUUUCUGUUUUUUGAUCGUCUCAAUGAUGUUUGUCCUUUUCACUCGUGGCACCUAUAGUCACCUCCAGUUGUCUCUCCCUCCGUCGGCUUGUAGUGUAUGCGUGUUCUCAGUCGGUUUAAAUGUAACUGUAUACGUCCAUCCGUUUUCACUACGCGGGACUUCUUGGUCAUUGUAUGCUAGUCUAUGCGCCUUCUCAAAGCCUUCAUCUGUGGUUUUGCAUCUUAUUUCGGUAUCGCUCCCAAUGCAUCGAUUCGUUGAAGCAUUGGUCACCGACCAUGAAUUAUUUAAGAUUAAGGAUCACAAGAUUAACGAGGAUACGCUGAGGACUCAUGAUAGCUUUCUGAAUAUAUUUUCAAGACACAUCUACUUUCACAAUUGGAAAUUCUUGCUUGUGUCCUGGGAGAGAUACAAUUGAAGAAAAUCAAAUCCAAUUAAGUAAUAAUGCUGAAAUUCGCUUAGAAUUUGCUUAAAGCAAGACACACGCAGUCUUAUUAACUAAAUAAAAAUGUAUAAACAUAGUAUUCAUAGCCAAUGGUACAAAUUCAAAUUUCCAAAAGGUUGACAGUGGACAAUAGAAGCACAGUUGAAUUUAAGUGCGACCAUCACUUUUGUUCAAAAUAAGUUUUUUUUAGUUGAUUAGAUAAUAAUAAAUUGUGUCUGACGGAUAAAAACCCAUUCCCCCUUCGGUACAAUCAUCCCAAGUGUUUUGUCUCACCAAAUUAAUUCAGUCUGGCAAGAGAAUCGAAUGCUUUCAAAAAGUAAUGGCUGCUGUGGAAAGGUGCCAUAGUUCAGGUUUAAAUAGCUUCUCUCAUUCACCCAAUGCAAAUGAGAGGGCAGAAGUCCCUGGUUUUAACAUAAACGGUAAUAGGGAAAGGUAAUGACGUAGAAUUGCUCAUGUCCUUUCAUAUAAUUUAAUCUAGUUUGGGGGAACAAAGAGCUGAAAGAGAACUACAUCAAAUAAUAGAACCUGCUACUUUUUAGGACUUUUUUUUUUUUUAAAGCUCUGUGGCCCCUGACUAAAUUCACCUUUAGUAAAAAAUGAAAAAAAUAGGUUCAUUAAAGGUUUAUGAAGCCUUGCUAGAUCGACUAAGAUGGAGGGGAAAUAAUUUGAUUUACUUGCAAUACUAAAUAGUGCACCCAGUGGGGAGUGGUUGUGUGUGUGUGGAUCGUGUUUCUCAUGCGUUGGUUCCCAGUAACUAUAACGUGGCCCCUGAGGUCAGGGAGCCUUGUCUCCAUAUAAGUAGUUGUGCCUGUGGCCCCUCAUGUGUAGGGUAGAACGUAAUCUGUGUAAGAGAAGAAAAAACAGGUGUAAGUACACACCAGGGUGGAAGAAGAAUAAUGUCCCUUGUCCCUGUUUGUGGUUUUAGGUUAUUUGCUGCGGGUAAGGCUCAGAACCAUUUUUGACACUAAAACCCUAUUGGAAGAGGCCAAGACUUGAUUGGUUUUGGUAAUGUUUGGCCCACUAUUGCACUGAGAGAAUUUAUCACCAGUCACACACAUUUCACAUGAAGGUAAAACCGAGCAAAUUUGUAGCUCCAUUAUUGAAAGUGAGUUACGCAAAAGCAUUACUGCUUCUUCCGCCCAACUGUUCACAGUUCAGCCCAAGAGGUGCAUGAAACAAAGAGAAGACAAGAGCUUUGACACAAUGACAAGGAUGCACAUCCCUUUUUCUGUAUCCCAUUACGUCGCUCGCACACAUUUGCUUGUGAAAACCCCCCAUCAGAAAAAACUGAAAAAACAACACACAUUUCAUGUCUUCUUCUCAGUGACCCCCAAACUCUUCUGUUCAGGAUCAUUGCUCCGGUAUACGGUUGAUUAGAGCCAAGGCUAGCAAGGAACAAAGAAAACGGCCGCUAAUAUUAUAGCGAGUUGGCCAGCUCACGUCUUGUUCCGUUUGUUUGAAUCUACCCUUUGAUGUCACAUUACUAUGUCCAUAACCUCUCCUGGGGCCCCCAGUACCGGGCCCCCGGAGUCAAACCGCUCGGUGUGAUAGACACUGAUAGGUCCCACUGUUGUAGAUAACAUUGUUCUUGUUAAGAACACCUUCUGACAUGAUAAACCUAUUGUACAGUUUUCUUUAUGCAUUUUUGUGUGUUCUGGUUUAUGAAGGAAUUGUUUUGUAAAAAAUUAUUAUGAAAAAAAAUCUAAUAAAAUAUAUUGUAAAAAUCA